ACUCUCCGGACUCCCACAAGAGAGGAUGUAAGAUCUGGAACUCAUAGCAACUCUGCUCCCAUUCCCACCAGCCCCUGCCCUGAAGGGCUCAACAGGCCAUGAUAAAAGCCCAGAUAUGAAGGUAAGAAACAAACAUUACAAGGCCAGGCUCUCAGAAUUUGGAGGCAUCUGAGAUUUAAUGGGGCCUUUCCAGCAUUCCAGACCGCUGCCUGCCAUGAAGCUGUGACUCACAGUCUUUGGGUUGAAGGAACUGGCAACAAUAUUGAACCCCAGGACUGUCAGCCUCCCUAACCUUCAUUCUAAGCAGGAGGGCCCCAAAUGAGCCUGGCGGGGAAUCAGAGAGAGCAUUAGAAAAAGCCUUCUUUGUUCAUGGAAAGAGGCAAGGCGAGAAAAGUUUCCAACACAUUGCAACAGACUUUCCACCGUUCAAAAGAACCCACCUUCCUUAUCAACCAAGAGGGUGUGCCCCAUGACUCUCCUUCCAGCCUUUGGCCGGAAACUGCCUGUGUGAAUGCUGCUGAAAGAAGCACAGUAAUCCUUCAGAACAACAGACCUGGAACAGUGACGCUCUCUAAAAGUCCCAGUCGGAGGAGGAUGUCAGGAAGCCAUCUCAGCCCUCCUGUCAUCCCCUCCCGCAGGCCUGGAUUUCUGGUGUGCUAUAUCUGUGGCCGGGAAUUUGGGUCCCUGUCCCUGGCCAUUCAUGAGCCCCAGUGCUUGGAGAAGUGGCACAUUGAAAACAGCAAACUGCCCAAGCACCUGAGAAGGCCAGAACCCUCAAAACCCCAGCCCUUGGGUGGUAGUGGGUCCUACAAUCUAGAGGCUGUGAAUGAGGCAGCCUUCCAGAGUUCCCAGGCUCAGCUGCUGCCCUGUGAGGUCUGCGGCCGCACAUUCUUACCAGACCGCCUUCUUGUCCACCAGAGAAGCUGUAGGCCAAAGGGUCAGGCUGCCAGGGCCCCAAACUCCAACAGCCCUGAUGACCUUCCUGGCUUCAGGAAAACGGGUGGUGGCAUCCCACCCCGACCACGAACUCUCAUCUGCUACAUUUGUGGCCGGGAAUUUGGCACCCUGUCCCUUCCGAUUCAUGAGCCCCAGUGCCUGGAAAAGUGGAAACUAGAGAAUGACCGGCUCCCCAGUGAGCUCCGUCGGCCCCUUCCAAAGAAGCCUCAGCCCUUUCCAACUGGACAGUCCACCCAAGAGGGGCCAAAGCCAGCUCAGCUGGUGCCUUGUCCAAACUGCAACCGGACCUUUGCCCCUGAUCGCCUGCUGGUACAUCAGAGAAGUUGUAAAGCUCAGCUUAAAGGACCCCAAGCUCAGGAUCUGACCAUAGGAAGGAAAGGGGAUCUGAAAGAGUCCACUCAUUCCAAGCAGAAAAAGAGCACAGCAACAGCCACUGACGGUGACAAGCCAAUGAUGAUCAGGCGCCCACCCACAGUCGUCUGCUACAUUUGUGGUCGUGAGUAUGGAACACGGUCCAUUGCCAUCCAUGAGCCACAGUGUCUGAAAAAGUGGCAUAAUGAAAACAACUUGUUGCCUGUAGAGCUAAGGAGACCAGAACCUAAAAAACCAGAAAUCAGAACCAUCACUGCCAAAGGAUUCUAUGAUCUUGAAGCCUUAAACGAAGCAGCCUGGACCAGUGCCCAGAGCCAGUUGGUUCCCUGUAAAAAUUGUGGGCGGACCUUCCUGCCAGACAGACUGAUUGUUCACCAAAGAUCCUGUAAACCAAGUGUCGCCAAGUAAAGCCCUUUCUCUCUGCAA